AUGCACAUGCCGCAGAAAGUGUUGCUGGCAUUGAUACUCAACUAUCCGCAACUUACAAGCUGCGGUACAAACUACGAUAAAAAUUACUUAGUCAUCAAGCACAAUGAAGCUUCAGAUUUUCUAGGAUAUUCGGAGGACCAUUCAAACUCUACGUUAUACAAGGUGAGGGCAGACAACAUUGACUACAAGUGCUGGAUCCCCUUUGUGUUGGAUGACGAAGAGACGGCGAGAAAGCAUGAUAUGGACAAUAUUCAGACGGAGCUUAAGAAGAGGGAAGCCAUUUCGGUGAUAAAAAACUUUAAUUUUCAAUGGCGGGAUCGGUUUGUUUCUAGAAAUGGUGGAUAUUGGAGUUACCAGCUUAGGUUUGAUUAUGAUAUUCGCCAGUACCACGAUAUGGGCGCUCGAAGGGAAAAUGGUGAGCCUAUGACAGUUGAUUUCAAGCUUGCAGCGUGGACAGAUCAUGAUCAGGACAUCUCCCUCUUUAGUAAACCAUCCUAUCAAAUGACGGACGAGAAAAACCCAUAUAAGUCUGAAUUAGACUUUGAGAUGAGAACCUCAGAGGAUGGAAAAAAGUACGUGACACAAAGGAUAGCCAAUGGUGAGAUAUGUGACUUGACCGGAUUACCACGCUCUGUCACAAUCAGUUAUCUUUGUAAUGACAAAGUGACCGUCCCAACUAUACGUAAUGUGCAUGAAUGGAAAACGUGCGAAUAUUCCCUUGAGCUAGAAAGUGACUAUUUCUGUGGUCACGACAUGUGGACGCUUCCGAAGGAACUGAUCAGUAACAAUGUCGAUUGCUAUCCUGACAUGUUUCAGGGAAUAGUGAGCCGUACUUUUGAUUUUGAGAAGAUGUCAUUGAAGCCUUUGACUGGGGGAAUAUUUAUGGGAUGGGAAGGAGAAAACGCCGUAAAGUUUGAUUUGAUUUUGACUAAGAACUAUAAAAUAAAAGACGAAGACAGUGAGGAUGAUGAGACCAACAACUCACAUUAUCAUCAUCUAUUAAUGGAUAUUUCACUAGGAUUUCAAACGUUGAUAAGAAAUGUACAAUUGUGGAGAGGUUCUGAGCGUAUCAAAUGGGAUACUAUCUUCAAGUUGGUUACAGAGCUUUAUGAUAUUGACCGUUCAUAUGUUGGUAACAUACAGUUGGAGCAAGAUGAGAACGGAUAUAUCGUAAGCUCUUUUACGGAUGAGCAAGUUCCUGAACAGUCCAAUUUCGUGGAUUCAGAGGUGCGAGUUUCAUAA